GAUGGUCCUGAGUCCUGCGACUCCUCCUCCUCUUCCCCGGCCCAGGACGGCGGGCCACCCUCCCGCCUCGCAUGGAGCCUGGGAAGGAACCGGGCGCCCCUCGGGACGCCAGCGGAAGUGGCUUCCCCUCGCCCGCUCCUCGGGGCGGCUAGAAGCCCGAAAAAGAGGCCUGGCCGACCCUCCAGGCUGGGCGGGCUCCGCGCUGAGUCCGACGGGGCGGCCCUCCUCUCUCCUCUCCGCCUCCCCCGAGUCGCGGCCGCCGGAGCAGCUCAGGGCUCGGCAGGCAUCCGAGGAAUUCGCUCCCGCCGAGCGCGGCGCAGGGUCCGGGCGAGGCGGGGCGACGGGGCCGGAGGAAGAAGGGGGAGGACGCCGCCGCCCCGUCGAGUGAUGGCCCAGCCUCUGCUGCGGAAAACUUUCUCCCGCCUGCGGGGCAAGGAGCGCCUGGGGCGCAAAAAGGCGGCGCAGCGCAAAGAGCCAGGUAACGGCGCCCAGGGGGGAGACGGGGGUGGGGUGGGGGGGUGCGCCCCCGCCAGGGAGCCCACCCCACCCUGCGCGGGCGAGAGGCGGGGGGUCCGCUGGAGGGCUGGGGCCAGAAGGCAUCUCCGGCAUUUCCUCUGCCGUUGCUGCUAAAAUAGGCAAAAGGAAGCGAGGGGAAGGAGCGGCCAAGGAUGGAUGGAUGGGCGGCGGAUCCCGUUUUUCCUUGGAGGGGGCUCUUUCCUCUCCAGGUGGAGGGACACUUCUGCCGGGAUCUCCCCCACCUACCCAAAAAACAGGUCACAGAUCCCUCCAGCUCCCACCUUGACAGGCCCUGGUCAGAGUCCCCCCCCCCCCGCCACAAUCUCACCCGCCAACUUCUCAGUCGCCUGUUUGGGCUCAGCAGUGCCAGAGCCAGCCCAAGGCAUUUUGCCGCCUGAGGCUAAGGGCAAGGUGGUCCCCAGGAGAGGGUGCCAGGAAACCAGGAAUUAUGUUCACAUGUGGUGGGGGUGUAAAUAUAUAUAAAUUGGCAAAGGGUGUUUAAGGAGGUAACAGAAAUCGCUGGGUUAAAGCUGACCAAAAGUCCAGAGGUAGCAUUAUUUUCAAUUUACGAUGGGGUGGAAGGUUAUGAAGGAUUUGCUGGCAAAUUUAUUGACAGCUGCAGGAGUUCUUCUAGCUAGGAAGGGCAAGGUGAAUAGUAUAAAGAGGUGUGGGAUAUAGCUAUUAAUGAUAAAUUAAGCUGUGCUAUUAAGGUAAGACGGGGAAUAUGCCGGAGAAAUGAUUUUGAGGAAGGUGUUUGUAGAAUUUGUACUGUUAAAACGGAAAGGGGCCAAACCAUCGCAAGAGGUGUUGAAAUUUUGGGAGGUUGGAUAGUUACCAUGGAAUGGUCUUGGGGGUGGGGUGCACAUUCUUAUUCUUAUUUAUUUAUGAUUAUUACUUUGUCUAUCAGGGAUGCGGGUGGCGCUGUGGGUUAAACCACAGAGCCUAGGAGUUGCCAAUCAGAAGGUUGGUGGUUCGAAUCCCCGCGACGGGGUGAGCUCCUGUUGCUCGGUCCCUGCUCCUGCCAACCUAGCAGUUCGAAAGCACAUCACAGUGCAAGUAGAUAAAUAGGUACCGCUCCGGCGGGAAGGUAAACGGCGUUUCCGUGCGCUGCUCUGGUUCGCCAGAAGCGGCUUAGUCAUGCUGGCCACAUGACCCGGAAGCCAAUAAAGUGAGAUGAGCGCUGCAACCCCAGAGUCAGUCACGACUGGACCUAAUGGUCAGGGGUCCCUUUACCUUUACUUUAUUACUUUGUCAAAAUAAAAAUAAAAUUAUAUGGGGAAAAAGGAUGGUCCCCUCCUUGCUUCCAUGUUCUGAAGGUGACUGGAAGGUGACUGGGCUGAUUCCAUCUUCAGCACAGGCAACAGGACCCUGGCACACCCCUGAGGGCUGCUGGCUGGUUUAGUGGGUGCAGGACAGGCUGCCUGGCACACCCGCUUGUGUGCCCUCCAGCAGAAGAAGCAGAGCUGCCCCUCAACAACUGCUGCCUGAGGUGCUUGGCUCCCUCUACCCAGUGGUCCUGCUGGCCUUGAGUAGCACAUUCCAUGAGCAAAGUGGAGGGGCUGGCCCAAGGUGGCAGCUAGAGGGCAGGAGUUGGGGAGGCAGAAAACGGGCAGGCGGGCAAGUCAGGCAAGUUCCAGGCAGCCUGGGGGAUACAAGAAGUGCUUUGUCCCUGAAGUAUCGUGUCUUUAGCCCAAGGACAGAGUUGUGCAGCCCCAAUCCAGGUGAGCAUGUGGCAGACAGGGAGUGGAUGGUGCAUGCAACUGCUGGUCACCUGAUGGACGCAAGAGCACCACAUGAUGCCAAUCUAGUGUAGAUGCCAUGGUGUAGUUUUGUCACCACAAAUGUGUUUUUUCCCCACACACUCACUGUUUUUGUGGCUGCCUGGCAAAAGCAUAAUCCUGCACAUCGCAGUCAAUGCGCCCACGGCUGUGUGAAUUGUACCAUUCAGGUAUUCAAGCCCCGGAGAUGUCAGCUGCUGUUUCUUUUAAUUGGCUUUCUAGGCAAACCAUACAACUGAGAACAACCUUCAUUCAGUAUCCCUACAACAUUCAGUCCCACAGGCUCAAAAUUCUGGGAGAUCUGAGUUCACCUCGUUUCUUUCUGGAAAAGCUGGUGGGGGAAGUCACACUUUCUCAGCCUCAGUUCUCCUCCUGUAAAAUGAGAACAACAAUCAAACUUGCAGGGCUGAGGUGCAAAGGCAUUUUCAGCGGUGGUACUCUGCUUGCAGAGCUUGCUUGGUCCUGGGUCUGCUAGCCUUUCAGUGCCAGGCAAAGAUCUUACCCAGGCACUGGGAAUCUCUUUCUGAAGUUCUUGUAAUAGUUGCCAAUUUCUCCCCCUUUAAGUUAAUUGCUGUUUCUAACUUUGUACUGUAGUUUUAUGUUUUUAUUAUUUUAUUUUAUAACUGUAAACCUCCCUGAAAAUUCUAAUGGAACUAAGGGGCUGGAUAAUAACUGUUUUUUUAAAAAACCACACACCCUAAAAUAACUAUUUUUUAAUUUUUUUAAAAAAGGUAGGUUUCCUGGAAUCUUUCCCUUGGGUUGUUGAUUAUGUGCCAUAGUAUAGUGCCUCCUUCUUACUCCCAGUUGUGCAUCUGACUGUGUCUUUCAGGGGCAGGUAAAAACUCUGGGGAAACAAAAAUAAGUAUUCAGAUAUAAGGUUAUUUGAAAUGAAAUAAGGUUCUCUAAUGCAUCUCCUGGGAACAACGCAUCCCAAAGCAGCACCUGGGUAGCUCAUUUGGUCAGAACACAAUGCUAAUAACGCCAAGGUUGCAGGUUCGAUCCCUGUGUGGGACAGCUUCAUAUUCCUGGAUUGCAGGGGUUGGACGAGGUGAGCCUCAGAGUCCCUUCUAACUCUAUGAGUCUUGUGUUCUAUGAUCAUUUGCUGCUCCUUCCACGUCCCCCUUUGCUCCCCAGCUGCCUUCUCUGUGGCUUGUAUGUUCGUUCUUGGGCUGCUCCCUGAUCAAUGGAGCUCUUCGUGUGCCGAGUUACUCGUGGACCUACAAAGGGAGCUCUGUGUCUUGGCCGGGGAGGGGACUGCGCAGUAAACAACAGGAAAUCCAACUUGGCACCGGGUCUGAGCAGCUGGGAGAUGGGAGGGACCUCCUGGCCUCAGCUGCAUUGCAGGCCUUGCCUGCAUGUCUUCAGGCCAAGCCCGGGUAGGAGUGGGCUUGAACCCCUCCAGGACCCUUUCCCCCAUCACCUUUCCUCUGCCCCCCCCAAUUGGUCCUCACCCAAGGCUCCUGUGGGUUGCUUCUAUUCAGAGCAUGGAUGCAGUACUCCAAAAUCUGCUUGUGCCUGCUGAUUUCUUCUGCUGGGGGCUCCUUUGCUGUCUGGAUGGUUUCAGAAGUUUUCUCCAGAGUUUAAACAGAAGCACUCAAGGCUCAGUGAGCUCAUCCCUAGGAACAUUCGUGCAUAUUAGCCAGAUUGCCUCAGCAGCCCUGAAUCCCUUAAUAGUAUCAGUCUGUGGAGAAAGGCUGAGUGCUGGAAGGGAACAGAGUACAGUGGUACCUUGGUUCUCAAACUUAAUCUGUUCCGGAAGGCCGUUCCAAAACCAAAGUGCUCCAAAACCAAGGCACGCUUUCCCAUAGAAAGUCAUGCAAAACCGAUUAAUCCGUUCCGGACUUUUAAAAACUACCCCCAAAACAGCAAUUUAACAUGAACUUUACUAUCUAACGAGACCAUUGAUCCAUAAAAUGAAAGCAAUAAUCAAUGUACUGUACUAUAAAAUAAAUAAGGCAGUAUUGUAGAUGAUUAAAAUUUUAAAAAAUUCUUACCUGCACUGAUGAUAGUCAUUGUUUGGAUGGGGGGCUUUUAUCCAUUUCCGCAGUCACACAAUCUAUCAAUCAGCAGCUGAACUGGGUUCCACACAAUCACAAAAACAAAUUAACCAAAAAAGCCUCAAAAACAAAAACGCAGAAUAAAUAGCAAAAGCACCAAACUUAAUCCAUUCUGGAAGUCUGUUUGACUUCUGAAAUGUUUGAAAACCAAGGCACAGCUUCUGAUUGGUGCAGGAACCCCGGAAACAAUAGCCGACAGUCACAUCAGACGUUCGGCUUCCGAAAAACGUUCAAAAACCAAGUUUGGGAACCAAGGCGUUUGAGUACCAAGAUGUUUGAGAACCAAGGCACCACUGUAGUGGACUUUGAAGAGAGACCCAGAGUUCAGUUGGCACAACCCUUUCUUGUUGGGUAGCUCCAAUGUGAGGCUGUUUUCAAGCCUAAUUCCUAUGUGUCUGUGUGCGCGGAGGGUUUCACAGUACAUGGGGAGAGGUUGACCCUCCCCACAUCUGCUUCAGCACCCUGAAAAUGCCUCCAUGUGGCUUCAAAACAGUCUGCCCUAUGUCUGCAUGGGGGGUAGCCUGAAAAGGGGAGAUGAGGAGACCCCGUCUGUUGCACCUGGUCCACGGGCCAGCUGUUCUGCUCCAUCCCAAACAGGAUAGCUGGCACCUAAAGUUUCCCUGAGAGCUUCCUGUGCCAAGUCUCUGUUCCCUUCCAGUUGUGAACCGCCUUAUUGUUCAACAAGGCCUUGCCUAAUGUUUAAUGCAACAAUUUCAGUGUGCUUUGAACUCGACCGUUACAACCAGGCACAAACACAACAUGCUGGUUUCUGUUCCCCACAGAUUCUCCUUCCGAGGCUCCAUCAGCUUUGGAGUCCCCCACGGAGUGUGGGCUUCUCCCACCGGGUGAUGGACGCGCCAAAGGGGCCACCGUCACCGUGUCGAGGAAGCAAACCUGGGCCAAGUUUGCUUGGAGCAGCCAGGAAGACCCUCGCAGCAGGAAGCUGAGCUCUCCAAAUGCUGCACAGAUGCCUGCUGACCUCAGCGAAACGCUGUCCCCAGAGAGCCAUCCCCACAUUGGCUCAGCGGCAACUGGGCCCAAGGAAGCCGCUGAACCAUUGGUCGGCCCAGCAGAGACCCGCACCUCCAGCAUCGGCGCCAAGUGCAGCAGCCGGGGGGCUUACCUGCAGAGCCUGGAGAGAAGCAGCCGACACUGGGUGCUCUCCUCGGGGAAGACCCAGGGGGCAGAAGAGCCGGGGGCCGGGUCCAGUACGGAGCAGGAGCCCAGCCCUCUCUGCAGCAGUGAAGGGGAUAUCUGGUACAAUCCCAUUCCGGAAGAUGAGGACCUGCAGCUCCCCGACCGCGACAAGAGGUGGGGCAAUGGCGCUGAGAACAGGAGCAGGAAGGGGAAGCCAAGGGAGGCCAAGGCUGCGGGUGAAGGUCUCCACCUGGCUGACUUGCAGCAGGCAGGUGGCGAUGGUGUGCGGACUUCGCCCAGCCAUGCAAGGCCAGCAAAGCAAGCAGAGGAACCAAGCAGCAGCCACCAGUCCCGGGCCUUUGGUGAGAGAUCAUUUUUCUAAGGCAAUCCCCACGUUUUUACCAUAGGGGUGGGAGAGCUGUGGCCGGAUGUUGUCAGAUUCCAGCCCCUCGUCGAAGCCUGCAAGCAUUGGCUGAUGGUCAGGGAUGAUGGGAGUUGUAGUCUAGCAACCUGUGGAAGGGGACGCGGGUGGCGCUGUGGGUUAAACCACAGAGCCUAGGACUUGCCGAUCAGAAGGUCAGUGGUUCGAAUCCCCGCAACGGGGUGGAGCUCCCGUUCCUCGGUCCCUGCUCCUGCCAACCUAGCAGUUCAAAAGCACGCCAGUGCAAGUAGAUAAAUAGGUACCGCUCCGGCGGGAAGGUAAAUGGCGUUUCCGUGUGCUGCUCUGGUUCGCCAGAAGCGGCUUAUUCAUGCUGGCCACAUGACCCGGAAACUGUAUGCCUGCUCCCUCGGCCAAUAAAGCGAGAUGAGCGCCGCAACCCCAGAGUCGGUCAUGACUGGACCUAAUGGUCAGGGGUCCCUUUACCUUUACCUUUAACCUGUGGAAGACCACAGGUUCUCCCUUCCUGGUUUACAGCAUCACUUCUCCGUAUUUCCCCCUUUCCCCUGCUGCCUUACAGGUGCUUUACCAGGGUGGAUUUGAUUUAAAUCAAAUUGAUUUAAAUCACGAGUUAGUAAAGACUUUAUUAAUUUUUUAAUUUUUUUUUUUUUUUACAGAAAGAUUCAUUCUUGCUGGAAUAAUCUUAAUAUUUACAACCCAAUGCAGGUUUCAUUUUUGGAAUAAUCAAUUUUCAGAGUAGUUUUUACAUUUACAUCAAAAACUACUGAUUUGGUUAUACUAUUAGAAAUACAUAGGGAGAUAAUUAUGAAAUUAUUGUGAGGUUUAAUAAGCUAACGGUUUAUAUUUAGACAACUUUUCUGCUGCACUUUAUUGGAAGGAGAAAAACAAUCAUUUGGCACUGUGGUUUAAACCACUGAGCCUCUUGCCGAUCAGAAGGUUGGCGGUUUGAAUCUGCACAACAGGGUGAGCUCCCAUUGCUCUAUCCCAGCUUCUGCCAACCUAGCACUUUGAAAGCACGCCAGUGCAAGUAGAUAAAUAGGUACCACUGUGGCGGGAAGGUAAACAGUGUUUCCAUGCGCUCUGAUUUCCGUUACGGUGUUCCUUUGCACCAGAAGCGGUUUAGUCAUGCUGGCCACAUGAUCUGGAAAGCUGUCUGUAGACAAACGCUGGCUCCCUCAGCCUGCAAGCCGCAACCCCAUAGUCGCCUUUGACUGGACUUAACCAUCCAGGGGUCCUUUACCUUUUACGGUACCUUUUUUGUUAACUGAUGUGGUUAAACAAUUAUUUAAAAAAGAAACUCAGACUGAGUUUUAGCACACAUGAAAAAUUUAAAUCCUUAUUUCCUGAUGAAUAGCCUUUGGACUAUAAUGUAACUUAAACAGAAAACCAUCUUUAGAAAAUUUUUUCCUCCAAAAGCAUUUCAUUUUAAAAAUACUAUUUAAAUAAAAAAAAUCAUUUUUUUUUAAAAAAACCAUUGAUUUUUAUCCACCCUAUGCUUCACCCAUUGCCUCCCCCCCUCGCCCCAUGGCCUCCAAGCCCCAUUCUUAUGACAUUUCUCCUUUCUCAUCAUCAGGACCAAAUUAAUGACACAAAACCCCACAUAUCUUAAGUAUAAUAGAAACUUCGCCACCCACCCCCACCCAUCUCCCACCCCCUUUCCCCUUCUUCUUCCUAAUGUCUCAACAAAUGACACUGAUCUGUAAAAAAAAUGUUACUUGGAGAAAAAAAGAGAGAGAGAGAGAUUGCACAUACUUUUGUAAACUAAGAAAAUCUUUUAUAAAAAUACAUUAAAAAAUAAUAAUAUCAGGGCCAAAUUAACUGCUCCUCUGGCACAGCUGUCCCAGGGCAGCAAGCCAGGUCGCCUUGGGGCGUCAUGUGAGUUUCAUUCCUCUGACGUUGCGAGUAUCCCACAUCAGGGUUUUGACGUGGAACUGCUCUUGGAUAAUAAUAAUAAUAAUAAUAAUAAUGUGGUGUAGUGGUUAAGAGCGGUAGUCUCGUAAUCUGGGGAACCGGGUUCGCGUCUUCGCUCCUCCACAUGCAGCUGCUGGGUGACCUUGGGCCAGUCACACUUCUCUGAAGUCUCUCAGCCCCACUCACCUCACAGAGUGUUUGUUGUGGGGGAGGAAGGGAAAGGAGAUUGUUGGCCGCUUUGAGACUCCUGAAGGGGAGUGAAAGGCAGGAUAUCAAAUCCAAACUCUUCUUCUUAUUAUUAUUUAUACCCCGCCCAUCUGGCUGGGUUUCCCCAGCCACUCUGGGCGGCUUCCAACAGAACACUAAAAUACAAUAACCUAUUAAACAUUAAAAGCUUCCCUAAACAGGGCUGCCUUCAGAUGGUUGAACCACUUGCCCUGGUUUAACAGGAAGGCUUUGCUGCUCAGCCCUUGUGGCCCGUUCCCAGCCUUCCUUUUGGCUUGAUGUCUCAUUGCCAGGGAGCGGCCCUUCUGUCCUCAUCUUCCCCACAGUCCCAGCCUGGCAGCUGCCCGUUUGCAUCUUACAGCACCCAUUGCACUACAGGCCAACUCAGUCUAUUUUUUUUAAAAAAAAUAAUAUUUAUUACUUUUCCAACAAUUUAAACACAUAAAAAAAGAAAAAGAAAAAAGAACAAUACAAUACAGUACAAAAACACUACAUAACACAUUAAACUAACAAAACAAAACAAAAACAGUUUAAAAAAAAUCAAACAAUUUCAAUAUCUUAUCUUUCAUUCACUUAUUUCCGUGGCCUCCUCACACCUCCCUUUUUGUAUUCCACUUCUGUUGAUUGUUUCAGCAAUUCCUUUCCAUCUUCCUCUUCUUUCUAUCCUUUGAUUAUCUUAACAGAUUCUAGCCUUAUUUUUCCCUUUGAUACUCUAUUAAUCUAUUUAUACUUAAUUCCUUAUAACAUUUCUACUAAAGCCAUAUAACUUCAUUCCAACAUUUUUCUAACAUUCAUUAAUUUUACAAUAUUUCUGUAAAUAGUCUUUAAACUUUUUCCAGUAUUCUUCCACCGACUCUUCUCCCUGGUCUCGGAUUCUGCCAGUCAUUUCUGCCAAUUCCAUAUAGUCCAUCAACUUCAUCUGCCAUUCUUCCCGGGUGGGUAAAUCUUGUGUCUUCCAAUACAGGCCAACUCAGUCUAAAGCAGAUUUUAAUAGGCUGCUUUAUUGUCCGUUUAGAUCAGUGGCACACAGAGUGGCUGGCACUGCCUCCUGCGAGGAGGGGGGGUUAAUUGGGGGGCACUAAGACACAAGGGGAUUGCGGUGGGGGGGGGCACUGGAGGUGUAAAUGACUAUCAGACUUUGAAAAGCUGGUAUCACUGGGUCAGGUUCCUUCAGUUCUGCUGAAUUAAUUCGUUUUGAUCGUAUUUUGAACAAAUGUGCAAUUUGUUGUUGCUGUUGUAUUGUGUUGCUUUCUUGCAUAGUGGAUUGUGCAUGCAGACCUCUCUUCUGAAUAAUGCUUCUUGUGGGGUAGCAGAGGGGGCCCUGGGGACGAGUUUAUGGAACCAAGGGGGCGGUGGCUCAAAAAAGUUUGGGAGUCUCUGGUUUUACAGUGGUACCUUGGUUCUCAAACUUAAUCCAUUCCAGAAGUCCUUUCCAAAACCAAAGCGUUCCAAAACCAAGGCUCUCUUUUCCAUAGAAAGUCAUGCAAAAUGGAUUAAUCUGUUCCAGACUUUUAAAAACAACCCCUAAAACAGCAAUUUAACAUGAAUAUUACUAUCUAACAAGACCAUUGAUCCAUAAAAUGAAAGCAAUAAGCAUUGUACUGUACUAUAAAAGAAAUAAGACAGUAUUGUAGAUGAGAAAAAUUAAAAUUAUUUCCCCCCCUUACCUGCACUGAUGAUAGUCAUUGUUUGGAUGGGGGGCUUUUAUCCAUCUAUCUAUCUAUCUAUCUAUCUAUCUAUCUAUCUAUCUAUCUAUCUUCUAUCUGUAGCUGAACUCGAUUCCAUACAGUCACAAAAACAAAUUAACCAAAAAAGCCUCAAAAACAAAAAUGCAAAAUAAACAGCAAAAACGAAAGCGCCAAACUUAAUCCAUUUCAGAAGUCCGUUUGACUUCUGAAAUGUUUGAAAACCAAGGCGCAGCUUCUGGUUGGUGCAAGUGCCCCAGAAACAAUAGCCGACAGCCACAUCGGACGUUCAGCUUCCGAAAAAUAUUCAAAAACCGGAACACUUACUUCUGGGUUUUCGGCGUUUGGGAACCAAGGCGUUUGAGUACCAAGGCACCACUAUAUUUGUGCAUUUCUUUGACUGAAUCUUUAUUGAGAAGCUGCUGAUACACCUGUCAAUAAUAACCAUCGCCUGUGAAAAUGGUCCUGCGGUGCUGAAUUGUGGGUUCUCUAGUGCGUGUUUUGUUUGGCUUUGGCAUAUUCUUCUUUGCAGUGCCGUUGUAACGGAGACUUUGCCCACGUUGUGCCCUCCAGGGGUCUUGGACUACGGCUUCCACCAGCCCCAGUCGGAACAGCACCCCAGAGCCCAGCUGCCACUCUUUUCCCCGCCUCGGGGGUGAUACCCACUGGGUGAGUGGCACUUGGUUUGACCUAUCUUAUACAGUUUCUCUCCACAGGGAAAGCGGCAGUCGCUAGUGCGGAGCCUGAGGAGAGGGCCGCGGGCGCCGUGUCAGCGGCCCAGAGCCCCAGUGCCCCCAAGAAGGGCCACUCCCUCUCCAAGGCGAAGUCCCCGGGCCCCGUGCGCAGCCUCUCGAUGAAGAUGAAGAAGCUUCCGGAACUGAGGCGGAAGCUGAGCCUGCGCAGCUCCCGGACCAGAGAGGCGGACGGAGGCCCCUCUCCCAAGGAGUCGGGCAACGUGAUUAGCCGCUACCACCUCGACAGCAGCGUGGCUUCCCGGCAGACCCUGGCGCGGGCCAAGGCCGCCAGCAAAGGGGGCUACCUGAGCGACGGAGACUCCCCAGACCUCCUGGCGAAGCCUGAGGCCUGCCUGGGUCUCGAAGGGGGGUCCUUCCGACCGUACAGCUUCGCCGAGCAGCCUGGCUGCCUCCAGCACCUGUCCGGCCUGGUCAGCAUCCACCUUCUGGGGGUGCAGGACUUCAGGCCCCCCAAGGCUGAAGCGAAGGAGGUCUUCUGUGUCCUACAGGUGGACUCGGUCAACAAGGCCCGCACGGCCCUUCUGCCUUGCCAAGCAGCCUUCCUCAGUCUCAACCAUUCCUUCCAGCUGGAGCUUGAGGACGCCCAGCUCCUCAAAGUCGUGGUCUUCUCGUGUGACCCUGCGGCGGGCAAGAACCGAGUCUGCUGCCACGGCUCCAUCCUUCUGCCCCAUGUUUUCCAAGGUGAUUUAUUAUCUUCUCCCACCCCCCCACCAUUGAAAACCCAGCCUUUUUUCUCCAAGGAGCUCAAAGUGGCUUGUGUGGUUCUUCCCUCUCCUUAUUUAACUCCCACAACAACCCUGUGAGGUAGGUCAGGCAGAGAGGCAGUGACUUUAUUAUUAUUCUUUAUAAUCACACUUUCCUCCAGGGAUGUCAAAUAACUUACCAAAAAUAAAAAUAAAAAUCAUUCAGUUAAAAAUCUAGCUAUAACAUACUGGGAGGCAGUGACUGGUUCAGGUUCACCCAGAGAGUUUCAUGGCUGAGUUUCUAGCAUUCUAACCACUACAUCGCAAUGGUUCUUUCUGUUUAGGGAAGUCUUUAAUUUUUGAUGUUUUAUCAUGUUUUUAAUAUUCUGUUGGGAGCUGCCCAGAGUAGCUGAGGAAACCUGGCCUGAUGGGCUGGUAUAAAUAAAUAAAUUAUUAUUAUUAUUAUUAUUAUUAAGCAGCAGGUGGAUAAGUCUGUUUCUAGGGGGGCAAGCAGAGAGGUUUGAGGGAAGUAAAGGUACUAUUAUUAAUUAUUAUUAUUAUUAUUAUUAUUCUAGUAUUAAUAUAUCACAGUGGUAAUAUAUUAAGGUACCACUGUAUUAUUACUUGCACCUCCCUGGGCAUUGAUAUACUGCAGAACAGAAUCCUCUCCAAAGGCCAUCAAAAUAAUUCCUGCAAAUAACUCUCCAUUGUAUUUUCAACAGUGACAGCAUACCCCCCCCCCCCAAAAAAAGGACAAUAACAAAAUAACAAAAUUCAGGGCUAGAUUGAAGUGGAAUGGUGGGGACUGUGUCCCUUUCUCCUGAACUUUCCUGAGAACAGGAGGACAGUAUAGAUUUAGAACAGUGGUUUGCAGAAGGGCAUAGUUCAAAGGCUGUGGAGGGGAGAAGCUGGGAAAUAUUGGGAGAGGAACAGCAGGAAGAAGAAGCAGCAGCACCAGGGGAGAGACAGCUGACAGACUCAGUGUCUUUGGAAAGCAUUCCUGACCUCCCUUCUCCCAGGACCAGGCGUGCAUUGAGAGUAGUAGAACAAAAAGCUCAGAGGCAGAAAGCUCAGAACAGCCGGUACAGGGAUGACACAGAAUGGGAGAGAUGGAGGGGGUGGGACUUGUAAGAGAGACUGCAUUCCUUCUCCUCUCUCUGUGAAUAUUAAAUAAUGUACUUGGUAAGAACUCUUCUUGUUUAUCUGCUUCCUGGCUGCCACUGUGGGAGGGAUAGGAUUCCCCGAAGCCUGACAUCUUGGCUCUGGGGCUUGGGGAAGAGUGGAUUUGAACUGGUGAAGCCAGACCAGGUAAUGUGUUGCCCCUGUAUGUGGGCUGAUAUCCCCUUAUUGGCCAGAGGGGAUGAAUAGCCUGGGUCACAGAAGUAAUAAAAUAAUAAUAAUAAUAAUAAUAAUAAUAAUUUAUUAUUUAUACCCUGCCCAUCUGGCUGGGUUUCCCCAGACACUCUGGGCGGCUUCCAACAAAACACUAAAAUACAAUAACCUAGUAAACAUUAAAAGCUUCCCUAAACAGGGCUGCCUUCAGAUGUCUUCUAAAAGUUUGGUAGUUUAUUUCCUUGACAUCUGAUGGGAGGGCAUUCCACAGGGCAGGCACCACUACCGAGAAGGCCCUCUGCCUGGUUCCCUGUAACUUGGCUUCUCGUAGCGAGGGAACCGCCAGAAGGCCCUCAGCGCUGGACGUUUGGGCCAAACAUGACCUGGUUUGGGGGUGGGGGGAGUGGUGGCUAAUUCUGUGACAGAAGGGGUGGGUGAGGACAGAUCUAGAUGUGAUCACAGACCCUGUUUUCUGUCCAAAGUGCUGAAGUGCCCGGACAGGCCUCUUCCAUGGUUGUCACUUGACAAAGACAGAUGUCACCGGAGCUGGCCUGAUAGUGUGGCUUUGCCAAGGGGAAGGGCGUGGGGUGGAGUUGAGGGACCAGGCCAUCCUCACAGCAUCUCUCUCGGCUGCCCCUCCUUCCAGGUUGCAGGAGCCAACAGCUUGCCAUGCAGCUGGAGCCACAGGGCCUCCUCUACAUCAAGCUCACCCUGGUAGACCAGUGGGAUCCAGCCAGCAACCAACAGGAGCCCCAAGUCUUCGGAGUGAAGCUGAGCCAGCUGGUGGAGAGGGAAGGGGCUGCCAUCAAAGUGCCAUUGCUGAUCCAGAAGUGUGUUGCCCAGAUUGAGAAGCGGGGAUUAAAGGUAAAUGCCCUCUCUCUAUCUCUCUUUCUCUCCAUCCACCCAUCUCCACUCGACCUAGGCUCUUCCCAGAAGGCAUAGCAUGGGCCAUUAAGGGGGUGAAACUUAAUCACUGCAAAUUUUUGUCAGUGAGGAGUCUUAAAAACACGUUUUUGGGUGUAAGGAAAUCAAAUCUGCUAUUAUUUUUGUGAUUGGACAACAUUUAGCUUGGUAGGUCUACAUUUGAUUAAGAAGCAGAUAAACUGCUCUUGGAAAGGAUUUUGAUUUUACUUUCUGAAAGUGCCAGGUAAUGUAAAAUACAGUAUGAUUUAUAAAUAAUACUAAUACUAAUAUAAAAUAUAACUCCAAGUAUUGGGCAAUUUUAAUGAUUUCUGUGUACAGUUGUACCUUGGGAGUGGGGGUGUAUAAGAUUGUGCAUGGAGAAAAUGGACAGGGAGGGUUUUUUUCUCCCUCUUUUCUAAUACAGUCAUACCUUGGAAGUCGAACGGAAUCCAUUUCAGAAGUCCGUUCAACUUCCAAAACGUUCGGAAACCAAAGCAUGGCUUUUGACUGGCUGCAGGAGCUUCCUGCAGCCAUUCGGAAGCUGUGGAAGCCCUGUCUGACGUUUGGCUUCCAAAAAUAAUUCACAAACCAGAACAGUCACUUCUGGGUUUGUGGCUUUCAGGAGUCAAAACGCUCGGGAACUAAGCUGUUUGAAAUCCAAGGUACGACUGUACUUCGAUACACAUUUUGUUGACCAAAUGAAACUAAACUGAUUUAACCAAAAUAUCUUUUGGAUUCCCAAGUCACGUUACAACUUGUUAGCACCCUUCACAUUUGGAAUUUGAAGGAUGAAAAACUCAGCAUGCCCUAAUGCACUACUGAACCUGCCAGGGAAAUGCCUUAAGCCAAUGGGCCUCAGGUUUCGGGCCAGACCUCCUCCCUCUCUCCCAGGUUUUCCUGCAGCCAGGUCACCCGGUCUAUGGAACAGCCCUCUGGAGAGGGGGCCCUUUUGCCCAAGUGACCAGCUGUGUCCUGCUUGUAGGUUGUGGGCUUGUAUCGCUUGUGCGGCUCGGCGGCGGUGAAAAAGGAGUUGCGUGAUGCUUUUGAGCGGGACAGCACUGCCGUGGUUCUCUCAGAGGACCUCUAUCCAGACAUCAAUGUCAUUACAGGUCAGUGGGCUUGACCCCCAGCUUCGUACUCUUCCCUGUGGACUCUGGCUGCUCCGCGGAGUCUUUGGGGACAGGUAGAGACACAUCUAUGCAGCUGUGCUUCCUGUCUGCUCCUGGCUGGAGAUACUGACAGGCACUCCUGGUUUUAUACUGCUUCCAAAGUCAAUACUGGUCCUUUAUCCACAAAAUUGCCUUGCUCCCUAUUUGCAUGCAUUUUGACUUAUGAGAGGCAGGUGUUUUUGAAGGGACAAUGAGGGGGUCCUCCAGGGCAUCGCAGUUCUCUGCAGCCCUUAAUACUUCUGACCAAACCUCAAGUGCUCAGGGCUGUGUGCAUGUGAUGUCGGAGAAGUGGCCUGUUGGCAGGCCUGGAGUAUGGCGGGGCUUUUCUGAGAAGGCAGAAUCUGCCAAUUGUUAGGAUCAUGGGAAGGGGCAUGGGGAGGCAAGCUCCAAAUCAUAGGCAUUGGAAAGCAACUCAGAGGUCAUCCAGCCCAGCCCCGAAGUGCAGGAUGCAACUGCGUCAUCCCUGACUGGUGGCCAUCCAGGCUUUGCUUAAAUGCCUCGAGCAAAUGCCUCCACCUCCUGCGGCCAUCUGCCCCCCUGUGUCAAGCAACCCUGCCCGUUUUGGGCGGUUUCUCCAUUUCUCUGACGGUUUCGCUACCCUGCCAUUUCCACCCGCUGGUUCUCCUUCCGCUUUCUGGAGCUCCAGAGAUGGUGAGGUGAGAGGUGGGGCAAAAAUCUCCCCAGCACAGGGAGAGAGGGAGAGAUGGAGAGAUUAUGAGCAGAGGGCCAGGAACUGGCAAACCCCGUGAAAAUGGGGAUGUCUUGAAACUCUCAGGGAAAUGCAUAUAUAAAAAUAGUUUUAAUAAAAAUAAAUCAAAACCGCAUCAUCCUUCUGUUUCAGUCUGGAAGAGCAGCUGUGUAGGUCUGUAGCAAAAAAGGGGUCUGGACUGGCCCCUUUCCAGCCCUCCUGCCUCCAUCACCCUCACAGUCCUCCCUCUGUGAAGGAAGCUUUUGCCUGAAAAUGUCCCUUAUGAUGAGAUAGGGCAGUUUAAGGUGUGGCAAGAACUACUCUCUCAGCACCAUGAUGACAGGAGCCAUCUCUAGUAAGGACUGAGUAUGGGAGGAGACCCGCGGUGAUGGUUAAAAGGACUGAGGUAUUUUCUCCUUUCCUCCUCCCCACUCGUCCCCACCGCCAGGAAUCUUGAAGGAUUAUUUGCGUGAGCUCCCCACACCUCUCAUCACUGACCCACUGUACCAAGUGGUCCUGGAAGCCAUGUCCAAUCGGGCGGCUGGGCAGGAGGCGAAAGAGGCGACAACGACAGCUCUCCUGGACUGCCUGCCAGAGGCCGAGAAGGUGAGGACCCCCCCCCCCCCAGGAUGGCAGCUCUUCUGAGCCCAGGCCUCUCUGCUUGUGCCAAGGGUGACACACCCAGUAGUAAAAAAAAAAAAGUAAAGGUAAAGGAUCCCUGGACGGUUAAGUCCAGUCAAAGGGUUGUGGCGCUCAUCUCGCUUUCAGGCUGAGGGAGCCGGCGUUCGUCCACAGACAGCUUUCUGGGUUAUGUGGCCAGCAGGACUAAACCGCUUCUGGCGCAACGGGACACCGCGACAGAAACCAGAGUGCAUGGAAACGCUGUUUACCUUCCCACCACAGCAGUACCUAUUUAUCUACUCUCACUGGUGUGCUUUCGAACUGCUAGGUUGGCAGGAGCAGGGACUGAGCAAUGGGAGCUCACCCUGUUGCGGGGAUUCGAACCGCCGAACUUGGGAUCGGCAAGCCCAAGGGGCUCAGUGGUUUAGACCACAGCGCCACCUGCAACCCAGUAUACCCAGUAGUGUAGUAGCCUCAACAGGCUGACCACAAUGUGGCCCUUGAAGGAGUUUUGGACUCCCCAUUGAAGGAAACGUGAUUUCCUUCCCAUCAGAACCGGGACCAUCAAAUUCCUCCCAGGUCUUUACCUGUUGUUGUCACUGCUGUUGUUUUGAAAAAAAGCAUCAUCAUCAUCAUUAUUAUUGUCGUCAUUUUUUAUACAGAAUGGUUAUUGACAUGAGCACAUGCAAAAUGUAGUAAGAGUAAUGAAUGUAAAAAAAUGCAAAUAGAAAAAUAAAAUGAGAAUACAGAGGGGAGGGGAAAACACGGAGACCACUGAGAGUGCAGUGCCACGUACAUUUAUCACAUAUAAGAAGGAAAAGGUGAGCCAAAUUAGUUCUUGCUAAAGCCUUUAUUGUGGAGCAGGGGGUUUAGUGGGCUAUGCAGAUGAGUUAACAUUGUAGAAAAACGUAUACCUAGUCGAAUAAAAGUGGUCUGUUAAGGACUCUCUGUUUUUGUGUCAAGUGUCCUGACAGUGCAACAUCCCCUACUUUUGGGAAGGAGGUGUUGGAAUUUCCAAUGGGAAGCCACUGGCAUUCUGGCUAAGCAAGUAGCAUAAACUCAAAAGAUUUGUGCAUGAUGGGCAAAUGGGUACCAGGCUCCAAGGAUCGGAACACCAGAACUAGGUCCUUGUCGUUUGUUUAAUAAAUGCAUGAACCACUCCAUUCAAAACAGUUAUCUUCCUGCAGAAGCUAGUGCCAUUUUGACGAACAUCAAAUAUCGGAGAUCUUUCUAUAUAUAGUGGUACCUUGGUUCGCAAACUUAAUCCGUUCCGGAAGUCCGUUCCAAAACCAAAGUGUUCCAAAACCAAGGCAUGCUUUCCCAUAGUAAGUCAUGCAAAAUGGAUUAAUCUGUUCCAGACUUUUAAAAACAACCCUUAAAACAACAAUUUAACAUGAAUUCUACUAUUUAAUGACACCAUGGAUCCAUAAAAUGAAAGAUAUAAUCAAUGUACUGUACUAUAAAAUAAGACAGUAUUGUAGAUGAUAAAAUUUAAAAUUACAUUUUUUUCUUAUCUGCACUGAUGAUAGUCAUUGUUUGGAUGGGGGGCUUUUAUCCAUUUCCAAAUCACACAAUCAAUCAAUCCAUCAGUAGCUGAACUGGGUUCCACACAGUCACAAAAACAAAUUAACCAAAAAAGCCUCAAAAACAAAAACGCAAAAUAAGUAGCAAAAACAAAAGCACCAAACUUAAUCUGUUCCAGAAGCCCAUUUGAGUUUCAAAAACCAAGGUGCAGCUUCUGAUUGGUGCAGGCACCCCGGAAACAAUAGCCAACAGCCACAUCAGACGUUCAGCUUCCAAAAAACGUUCAAAAACCGGAACACUUCCUGGUUUUUGGCAUUUGGGGAACCAAGGUACCACUGUACCUUGCUACACUAAAACCAUCCCAGAUGAAAAAGAGACAGGCAACUACCCCUUGCAGAACCCUUCACAAAAAGCCGCCUUGACUUCAGGGCUCACCUGAACAGUACCAAGGAGAGGCAUAACCAUAUAUCUCAGGUGAGGGAUCUUCUCCACACUGUAUCCCUGCAGCUUCAGGACCUCCUUUCCCCUUUCCCCAACCCCUCCCAAUUUAAGAUCAUUCCCUGUUUGGGUAUCGGCCUCAGACCAGCGUCUAUGAGGUUGAUCUGAAGCAAGCUGCCUCUUCUUCCAUUUUCUAGGCCACCCUGACAAUGCUGUUGGAUCACCUCAGCCAGGUUGCUGCUUUCCAUGCCUUCAACCGCAUGAACGCCCAGAACCUGGCUGUGUGUUUUGGUCCUGUGUUGCUGAGCCAGGGAGCAGCGGGGCCGGGCCCCUGUGGCCCCAGCCACCACCACCGCACCAUUGCCAGCACCAUGGACUUCAAGCACCACAUCGAAGUGUUGCAUUACCUGCUGCAGUCCUGGCCAGGUGAGUGCCAAGUGGAGAGGUUAGUGGGCAAGAGAGGGCAGGUGCCCAGGAAGGGGCUGGCUGGAGGCAUGCGGUACUCUGAGUUUCAGUGACAUGGAGGGCCCGGCACCUGCCAGCGCUCACCCUGAAGUAAUAAUAAUUUAAUAAUAACAAUACAGUCAUACCUUGGAUCUCAAACGCCUUGGCUCCUGAAGAAAUCGGCUCCCGAACAAUCGAAACCCAGAAGUGAGUGUUCUGGUUUUCGAACAAAUUUCGGAAGUCGAACGUCCGGCACGGCUUCCGUGGCUUCCAGUUGGCUGCAGGAGCUUCCGAACGUUUUGGAAGUCGAACAGACUUCCCAAACGGAUUCCGUUCGACUUCCAAGGUACGACUGUAAUGUUAUUGUUUAUAUGUCGCCCAUCUGACUGGGCUACCCCAGCCACUCUGAAACAUUAGCAGGAUUUUAAUCUCACUUGUAAUGUAACAAAUACUAUGGACAAUAUGGAUGGAUACAAAAUAUAGAUUAUGAAAUAAUAUGUAGUUGAAAAUGUUGACAGUAGGACCCAUGGGGGGGAUCUUGAGAUUCAGAGUAAUCUCUUUAUAUGGAUGUGUAUUUAGUAUGGUUAUAAAUUUAUAUUUGUGAAAUCAAAGAGAAAUAAUUAAUAAUAAUAAUAAUAAUAAUAAUAAUAAUAAUAAUAAUAGUUUGGAUUUGAUUUCCCACUUUAUCACUACCCUAAGGAGUCUCAAAGCGGCUAACAAUCUCCUUUCCCUUCUUGCCCCACAACAAACACUCUGUGAGGUGAGUGAGGCUGAGAGACUUCAGAGAAGUGUGACUAGCCCAAGGUCACCCAGCAGCUGCAUGUGGAGGAGUGGGGAAUCGAACCUGGUUCACCAGAUUACGAGUUCACUGCUCUUAAGCACUACACCACACUUGCUCUCCGAAAAUAAAAGAAACUGUAAUGGCUUCUAUAAAUCCAAGACUGUCCCUGGAAAAUAGGGAGACUUGGAGGGUCUGUGCUUCAGGCCUUAGUGAACCAGAUGCAUUGGGUUUUCUUAACUUGCUUUCCCUUUCCCUUCAGCCCCACGCAGGGUAACCGAAGAGGAGAGCGACUGCCCCCUGCCCAUCAAGCCACCCCAACGCCACUGCCGCCCUCCCUUGGACCUGCCACUGCUGCAGACCACCGUCGUGGCCCGGAGCCGCCCUCGAGGCCUGGAAAGCCCUCCCAGCAACCGCUACGCUGGGGACUGGAGUGUGUGUGAGCAGCAGUUUUUGGCGGGGCCCAGGCCGGGCGGCGACACCGACUACGACGAGGUGGCUGGCAGCGAGAGCGACAACGAAGAGGACAACGGAGAGGUGACUCUGCCGCACCACAACCGAGCCGUCUUCGUAGGGGACUUCGCCUUGGUGGAAGACCCCGAGGCUCCCUUCAGCGCGAGGCUCAACCUGAAGGACUUUGACGCCCUCAUCUUGGACCUCGAGCGAGAGCUUUCCAAGCAAAUCAAUGUCUGCCUGUGAGCCGUUCUCUCGGGGCAGAACAUUGCGAGGCCUAAGGAAGGGCCGAGUGUGCCUCUGCCGGGCCCUUUGGACAGCCAGGCUGUGACCAAGCCAAGCUCAGGCGGUUGAUCCUGCCUCCUUAUCAGUAUUCUUUUGGAUCACGGUACUUCGAACCAAGUGGUCCGUCUUUCGUUUUGUUUUCGUAUGUCUUUUCCCAAAGGGAGGUGCUUUCGCUGUGACUCUGGCUACCAGAGUGCAGUUUGUAGAGUGCUUUCAACCUCCUAAAUUCCCACCGUGAAAUUUAGUGUGAGGACAGGAAGGAAGCGUUUCUUGUUCCUGCGUGUCGGCGGUUUCGAGGAAGAGAGGAGCUGACCAAGAUGUUGUUUUCUUUGCUUGAUAACGUGGAAUCGGUAGUAUUUAAGUAGCACAUUUCCCCUCAUCAUCCAGAGCACUUCCAGCAAACCCUCGAAGGUGGGUCAGUAUUAUUACCCUCCCUUUAUUAUAGAUGGGAGACAAGUUUGUGAAGCUGUCGCUUGCCAAAGGCUAGGCUCCUCUGCGAGUUUGUGCCUGAGCUCAGGUCUGAGGGAUGCCCUUGGCAAAGUGUCCUCCAGGCCCUCUUGUGGGUGGGCUUAUCUGUCAGAGGCAGUGGUCUGGGCAGCCAAGAACUUCCAUUUCAGUUUCCCAGAAUGCCCCUGAAGGAGCAUGAAACUGGAGCUUUCUGGGAAAUCAAAACAAGAACUCGAAGCCACCUGGUUCUGAUUGGAGCACUGAAAAUAUGUUUGGGGUGGGGGGCGAAGACAGGCAUCAAUGCAGGGGAGAGCAGGGGCAUAGUUUGGAAGGGUGGGCUGCCAGGGCGAUGUCCCUUGGUGCAUUUUUUAAGAGGGGGCUGCACAUUUGGCUUCUCAUAGCCCCCUGGCAGUCCCAAGAUGGCCCCAGGGCCGUGUUGGCUGGCCAGGCUCCCCACUGUGCAGGAGGGCAGGCAGUGCAGCCCUGCUUGGCUCCGAUGGGGUGGGGGGCACUCUGGCAGCGUUGGUGGUGAGGGCUGGGCUGGCGCAGCAGGCUCCAUUCACCCUCCAUGCCACACCCCCCUGGUGAACCCCAGCCUGCUCCAGGCACCAGCAAACCACGCUAUGCUGCUGGGGGACAAGGCUGACCAGUUGGUUCAAGGGGUCUGCCUGCUGAGGCCAGGCCUAACCGUGUUCCCCUAAUUCUAAUUUACGGUUUUUAAAAUGGCUCAGCUUUUGUUUUGACUGUGGAACUGAGUGAGCAGUUCAUUUUCACUUUCUUCCUGCCUGAAAGUAGGGUUGCCAUAUUUCAAAAAGUGAAAAUCCAGACAGAAAAGUUUGCAAAAUUGGAUGCUUUUGAGCUAUUUCUGAGCAAAAGCGACACUGCUGACAUUUAGCCGAUUUCCACCCGGACAUUGCUUUGUGGCUACAGUAAUCCAGGAAAUUCCGGAUGUAUGGCAACCCUACCUGAAAAUGAAAGGCUAAACUCUAUGAAAUGCCCAAGUCUUGGGAGGAGGGGCAAGGCAGGAAACCCCAAACCCAGCUUGUUCCUCUGCCCUGGAAGACACUAAAAGUGCAAGGGCUGGGAUCCCAGUUCAUUCUCUGAAAAUUCUUGCAGCCCCGUCUGUGACAGGGGCUUCAGUGUGAUUCUCCCUCUCGUUCUGCAUUGCUGCGCAGCUGAGAUUCCCCCUCCGGUGCCAAGACCUUUCUACGGCAUCAUUAGCGCCCCCUGACUGCUAAAUUUCUGCUAAAAUGCAGAAAUAGCCUGCUGCCAAGUGGGAUGUGAGAAAAGGAGAAUUGUGCCACCUUGCCAGAAAAACAAAUAACCCUGCCCCCAUUUGCAUCAGAACAUGUACUUGCAGGAUCAGCCCACUAUCCCAUUUAGGUCAGUAUCCUGCCCUCACAGUGGCCAACGAGGACCUGAGUUACAACAUCUCAGCGACUGGCCUGUUGCCUCUGGCGGUGGAGCCAGAAUGUAGCCAUCAUGGAUGGAAGCCAUUGAUAGGCUCAUGUUGCAUUAAUUUGUCUAAUAUCCUUUGAAAGCCACCAAGGUGCGUGGGCAUCGCUACCUCCUAUGGCAACAAGCUCCACACGAUUAGCUGUUCACUAGACUUUCUUUGGUCUGUCCCGAAUCUUUCAACGGUCAGCUUCGUUGGGUAGCCAACAGCUGUACCUUGGAUCCCAAACGCCUUGCAAGUCGAACGUUUUGGCUCCUGAAUGCCGCAAACCCAGAAGUGAUUGUUCCAGUUGGUGAAUAUUCUUUGGAACCCGAACGUCCAGCACGGCUUCCCAUUGGCUGCAUGUGCUUCCUGCAGCCAAUCAGAAACCGUGCUUCGGUUUCCGAACGUUUUGGAAGGCAAACGGACUUCUGGAGCAGAUUUCUUUGACUUCAAAGGUACGACUGUAUUACAAGAGAGGGAGAACACACACCCCCAUCCAUUUUCUCCAUGCACAAUCUUAUACAACCCCACUCCCAAGUUGCAGCCUCGUGGAGGCUUUGCUCCUUCUGGUUGCCAUUUCCUGAACUUUUCCCCAGCUCUACAAUAUCUUUUCUGAAUCAUGGCAACCAGGACUUUUUACACAGUGUUUCAAGUGUGGCUGCACCUUAGGCCUUCUGUAAUGGCACGGCGAUAUUGGCAGUAUUAUAUUCAAGCCCUUUUCCAAUAAUUCCGCCCCCCCCCCCAACAUGGGAUGUGCCCCUGUGUGACAGGAAGUGUGAGUCUGACUCUACCUGAGCACACCUUUUUUGGAAGCAUCUCAGCUUCUGGCGGUCCUUUGCGGCACCGGCUGUUUGGCUAGUUCCUCUCUUUCAUAGCAGGCGGAAGUUCUCCAGUGGAGAAUGGCCGCCACUCGCUUCAUCUCAGUCCGCCAUAUUCGGCUAGGCCAAGACGCUCUUCCCAUAGGCCUGGUUAAACCUUUUAUUAUACAAGUGGGGCAAGCAUGCCAUGGGGCAAGGUGUGUCUCAGAGGGCCUAACUACAUGUGACUGAGGCAGCCCCAGCCUGUGCCCGCCUCCCCACUUGCUGAUAUGCCAAUACAGUUGGCACCUCCCUUGCCAGCAGCUGCCACAGAACUGCAGAGGGGUGUGAGAGCAGCUCAUGUGCUCCUUUGACCAAAUAACGCCAGAAGAUACGUGCCAGCAGUUUGUGUCCCCUGCAAUAGAGUUUUAGACCCUUAGGGUGCCAGGCCAUAAUCAAGCUGAGAAAUCUGAACUCCAUUUCACAAUCCCCAGAAUGCUGUGUGCGUGUGUUGGUUAUUUCCACAUCCUUUUCGGUUUCCAUCGUUUCCCCUUAAUUCUGCCUUUGCGAUGCAGUUUUCAGCUGAUAGGAGACCACGUUCUACAACUCGGGAGCGCAAAGCCAUAGCCAGCCUAAUGAAGAAAUGCGGUACGGAAGAUGUGGGCUUUUUAAAAAAAAUAUUUGUAUGUCCUUAUGGACAAUUAAAUAUCUGUGAAUGUACAAGUCUGGC